GUAGGUUCUAGUUGUAGUGUUGUUUGUUAGUACUGCUUAAAGCAAUGUUAGUCUCCAGAUAAGCUGAGAUAAAGUGCGUAUAAUCUCAGCUAAUCUGUGAUCAUACUAUGAUACAUUUAAAUACUUCAUCCAUUGUCCUUAGUUUUAGCUCAGUGUGGUUUCAGUUAGUGUUAUUGUCGGUGCGUCGUUAAACGCGUUAGUUUUUUUUGUUAUAGUGGUGUCGUAUUAUUGUACUUUUUCUUUUGUGUGACCUAACAAAACAGAUUUAGUAAUACAAAAUCAGAACGAGACCAAACGCCACCUGUGAUAAAAUGUACAUAACUUAAAACUGUGAUACUAGAUAUUAAAAUAAUAAUAUAAAGUACUUACAUAAAAUUAGUGAAUAAAAAAACAAUAUAAAGUGAAAAUGAAAAGUGAUAAAGACAACGCGACGGAACAGGAAAAGGAGAAGUUGAACCCGAGCAAUGGAUGGCUGUCGGCGCGGCCCAGCCAGCAGUUCAACGUGGUGCGGCGCGUGUACCAGCAGGACGCGCUCAACCGGGAUGCCGACUACCAGGAGCCCUCCGCCAAGUUGGGCAAAAAGCUGAAGAAGGUGGCCCUGGGCUGCGGGUUCGGCGCGUGCCUGCGCAACUCUUUACCCAUCGCGCGCUGGCUCCCUCGGUACCAGCCGCGCCGCGCCCUGUUGGGGGACGUCGUGGCGGGCGCCACCACCGCCGUCAUGCACAUACCGCAAGGCAUGGCCUACGCACUUCUGGCCGAGGUGCCGCCCAUAGUGGGCCUGUACAUGGCAUUCUUCCCGACGCUGAUCUACGUGUUGUUCGGCACCUCGCCGCACAUCUCCAUGGGCACCUUCGCCGUCGUGUGCCUCAUGGCCGGGAAGGUGGUCCUCCAACACGCACACCACCCGGACCUCCUCCUCAAUGUGACCAACGCCACCCUCACGACGCCGCCGCCGCCGCUGGGGGAAGGGGAGUAUACGCCUAUACAGGUCGUCAGCGUCGUGUGUUUAGUGGUGGGACUGUUCCAGAUGGCGAUGUGGGUGCUCCGCCUGGGCGCGGUGUCCACGCUGCUGUCGGAGCCGCUGGUGUCGGGGUUCACGACGGCCGCCUCGUUCCACGUGCUGGCCUCGCAGCUGAAGGACCUCUUCGGGGUGCGGAUACGCAAGCUCAGCGGGAACUACAAAGUUAUCUAUACAGUAAUAGAAGUGGUGAAGAACCUGCCGUACCUCAACUGGGCGGCGUUCACGAUAUCCGCCAUCGCCUGCCUCGUCAUCGCGUUAAACAACGAACUUCUUAAGCCGUGGGUGAGCAAAAGAAGUAAGAUCCCAGUGCCCAUAGAGUUGAUCGCGAUAGUGACGGGCACGCUCGUGUCUCGGUUCUGGGGGCUCAAGGAACAGUUCGGGGUGGCGCUCGUCGGACACAUACCUACCGGGCUACCGGUCCCAUCAGUGCCUCCGCUGGAACUCAUGCCAGCGGUGGCGCUGGACGCGGGCACCAUCACCGUGGUCUCCUACACCAUCUCCAUGUCGAUGGCGCUCAUAUUUGCUGCUAAAGAGAAGUACGAGGUGGACGCUAACCAGGAGCUGUUGGCGCUCGGCUCCAGCAACGUGUUCGCGUCGUUCUUCGGCUGCGCGCCGUUCUGCGCCAGCCUGUCCCGCUCCUACAUACAGUACCAGGCGGGCAGCAAGACCCCCCUCACCACGGUGAUCAGCGCGCUGCUGGUGCUGUCCGUGCUGCUGUGGCUGGGGCCGUUCUUCACGCUGCUGCCGCGCUGCGUGCUCGCCGCCAUCAUCGUGGUCUCGCUCAAGGGCAUGUUCGUGCAGGUCAAAGAGCUGGGCAAGUUCUGGAAGCUGAGCAAGCUGGACGCGCUGGUGUGGAUCGUGACCUUCGUCGUCACCUGCUUCGUCAGCAUAGACAUCGGUCUGGGCGCGGGUCUGCUCGCGAGUGUGGGCUCUUUAUUCUGUCGCUCGCAGGCGCCCUACACCUGCCUGCUGGGCCGCGUGGCCGACACCGACCUGUACCUCGACUGCAAGCGGUAUCGAGCCGUAAGUUCAAGCAGUAGGAGCUAUAAUAGCUCAGCAAGGAGUAGCUCGCAGGCGCCCUACACCUGCCUGCUGGGCCGAGUGGCUGAUACCGACCUGUACCUCGACUGCAAGCGGUAUCGAGCCGUAAGUACAAGCAGUAGGAACUAUAAUAGCUCAGCAAGGAGUAGCUCGCAGGCGCCCUACACCUGCCUGCUGGGCCGCGUGGCCGACACCGACCUGUACCUCGACUGCAAGCGGUAUCGAGCCGUAAGUACAAGCAGUAGGAACUUUAAUAGCUCAGCAAGGAGUAGCUCGCAGGCGCCCUACACCUGCCUGCUGGGCCGAGUGGCUGAUACCGACCUGUACCUCGACUGCAAGCGGUAUCGAGCCGCGGAAGAGAUCCCCGGAAUAAAGAUCUUCCACUACUGCGGAGGUCUAAACUUCGCGUCCAAGAACUUAUUCCGAGCGACGCUGUUCCGCAAGGUGGGCUACAUGAAGCCCACCGCCGGGGAGCAACGGAGGGACGAGGACAACAACGUCACCAAGGCGGACUACGAGUGGGACCCCACCAUACACACUAGGGUGAAGUGCGUGAUAAUCGACGCCACCGCUCUAUCCUAUGUGGACGCGCCGGGGAUCAAGACCCUCGUGGCGGUGCAGAGGGAACUCGCCGCCAGCCAUAUAACUGUGCUGCUCGCCGGCGCCAACGGUCCGAUGCUAGAGAUGAUAGCGCGCUACAACUCGCUGGAAUCAGACCGGCUUCAGUUGGACGUGUUCCCCACCGUGCACGACGCCGUCGUGUACCAUCGCAUCAUGAGUAAGAAGGCGGAAGUGGCUGUGACGGUAGAUGCGUAGCGGCACAGGAGAUUAGAAGAAGACGCCUAGCAGUGCCUCUCAAUUCACGUAUCAAAACGUCAGGGUAAUGAUAGCUAUAUUAUUUUCUUUUGUUAUCUGUGCUUAUUAUAAAAGCAGAAAAAUCUAGGCGCUGCUCAUUACGCAUCUGAUGUACAGUGGCAUUAAAGCCGCAUAGUUUUCUAAUGUUCUAGAAAAUUGGCUGUGGUAACAAAAUGGCGUGGUUUCCUAGAAAAAAAUAUGCUUUUUAGAAAUAUCUGUCGCUGUGGAUUCGUUCGAACAUAACGUGGUAAAGAUCUCACGUGAGAUGCGUGACUGGUUAGGACGACGUCCAAACGUCAUGCCAAAUUACAACUACACACGUUACACCACGAAUCCGGAUCCGCGGCAUGGGUCCCUUAUCGACGUCGAUAAAAUCGUUUAAUAUGCGUUAUCGUGAUGAAUAGGUACCAAAUUAUAAAACAACGAAAAUAUGUUAUGAUACGCUGUGUUCAAAAUUAAUUGAUAUAUAAAAUAUACGAGUAUUGUGACUUCUGA